AUGUGGCCUCUCAACGACUUAUCUGGCGACCAAAGGCCACCAGCCCCCACCCCCGGCUGCAUCGCCCCGGGCAUCGCCCCCAGGCGGACCCCCCGACCCCAGCGCUGCCCCUCCGGGGAGCGGGUCCGGCUCCAGCCCGGCCCCACGGACACCGGAGGCCGCCGGGGGCGACCGAGGCCAGCGCUGCUCCCCUCGGCGGUGAGUCCCCGCCGGAGGCUGCGGCACCACACCCCCGCCUCUGCCGUGGUCUCCCGCACCCCCGAGCUCCGGCCCGAAAGAGGAACCGCCGAAACGUGCGGGACUCCCGCCCCACUCCGCGCCCAGGGCAGCCAACACCUCCGGGUACCCAAAACCCCCGAGCCCGGGCACUCAGCAUCCCCCGAGCCCGGGCACUCAGCAUCCCCCGAGCCCGGGCACUCAGCAUCCCCCGAGCCCCGGUACCCAUCACCCCCGCGCCCGGGCCCUCAGCAUCCCCCGAGCCUGGCAUCCUCCGAGUCCGGGCACCCAACACCCCCGCGCCGGGCACUCAGCAUCCCCCGAGCCCGGGUACCCAAAACCCCCGAGCCCGGGCACCCAACACCUCCGGGUACCCAAAACCUCCGAGCCCGGGCACUCAGCAUCCCCCGAGCCCGGGCACCCAACACCCCCGAGCCCGGGCACUCAGCAUCCCCCGAGCCCGGGUACCCAAAACCCCCGAGCCCGGGCACCCAACACCUCCGGGUACCCAAAACCUCCGAGCCCGGGCACUCAGCAUCCCCCGAGCCCGGGCACCCAACACCCCCGAGCCCGGGCACUCAGCAUCCCCCGAGCCCGGGCAUCCAGCCCUGCCGCCGGGAAGGCUCCGCUCAGCCCGGGCGCUGUCCCCCAGCCGCCCCUGCUCGGAGCCUUCUCGCGGCGCCCGUUCGGCAGCGGGAGCGCGGCUCGGCUCCGCUGCCACCCCGGGCUGCGGCGGGGGCGGUCGGAGCGGGCACGGCCGCACUGACGGGCAGGGAGGGCGGGCGGCGGAGCCGGGGGCGGCAGCUCUUCUGCGGGCACGGGCGCUCUCCCAGCCGGGGCCAGGCCGAGGGGCGAUCCCUCACAUCCCCUCUCGCUCCUCCGCCGCGGCGCUUGUGCCGGCGGGGAGCCCGGCGGCGGGAGGCAGGAACGCAUCGCCGCGCCCCGCUCCGGUCCCGUUCGCACCCCGAGCGCCGCUGCCCCCGCUUCUCCCCAGCCCGGAUCCGCCCGCCGGGCAGCACCGCAGGGCGGGGGGCGCCGGCGGGGACUGGGGCCGCCCCCCGGCGAGGCGGCGGAGCGGCCACACCGCCGCUUUCGGGGGAUUCUCCGAGAGGAGCGGGCAGGGCGGCUCCGGGAGGGGGAACCCCCCUCGGCCCGGCCAUUCGCGUCCCCGGCGUCGCUCCUCCUCCCGGCGCUGAUGUCAGCCGCGGGGAGGGCCGGCUGGCAGCGGCAGAGCGGGGCGCGGGCGGCCGCGGCAGAGCCCAGCCGGAGCCGCCGCCGCCGCCGCCGGGACAGCGCGGGCUCCGGGGCGCCGCCGGCAGCGCAGCCCGCGCCCCAGGGCCAGCCGGGCAGCUCCGGGCAGCUCCGGGCAGCUCCGGGCCAGCCCCGCCGGGCGCCGGGCGAGCGGCCAGCGGCGGCCGCUGCCCCGCGGGGGAAGCCGGAGCUCCGGUGUCCGCAGCCGCCCGGCGAGGGAAGGGCAGCCGGGCUGCGCCGCGGAGCCGCGCCGAGUUCAGGGGCUCUCCGCGCAACUUGGGUUACGCGGCCGGACCUCUGCGGACUGGUGCGGGGCUGCCAGGGCGCGAUUGCCUUCGCAUCGUCUCGCGGCUGCAAAAGCAGAUAAUUGACUAA